CCCGUUGUAAACAGAUUUUAAUGAAAAAUUAAUUUCUGUUUUUUUUGCUGAAAGUAUUGAAUAUGGAAGAAAAACAAAACCUUCAUGUUCGUUUAUUGGACGCGGUGAAAGAUUGCCAACGUAAUCUUGGUGGAAAACAUGAGUUGGUGACUGGAUCAAGUAGCUAUGUGUCCUGUUUAUGUGCGCAACUUGAAGCUGUAUUGCAACAUAAACUAAAAACUUCUAAGAAAAGUUUGGAAAUAAUUAAACAAGUGGCGUUGAGUGGUUCGUAUGAGGAAAUUACUUUCUGGAAUUUUAUUAAAAACCAUUUAAGUAAGGACGAAAUUGAACGAUUUGAGAAUUUAACGAAUAUUCGUUCUGAUAUUGGUCGUGGUAGGGCAUGGCUGAGGUGCUCACUCAACGAACAUUCGCUGGAAAGAUAUUUUUAUAUUUUCCUCUCCGACCCGGAUAUAUUACGUCAGUAUUACGAGGAGGAAGCUUUGUUGUUGGACGACGAAAUAUCGAGCACUUUACCUUCUAUGGCUGCGGGACUUGCUUCUAUUUACUUCAGCAUCAACUUUGAUGUUGCAUCGCUGGACGGGUCGGCCAUUAAACCAACGCUGCAUUCGCUUGUCCCUACGCUUAUGAUGUCACAAUCGGUGGUCGAUGAGGUCACUGAUGACAUCAUCGAGGCAAGCUUUCCUGAGUCGGUGAAGAAGCGAGGUGGAAGGAAGAAGAAGUUGAAUGUCAUCUCGUUCGGAGAUGCCGAUGAUGAUGUUACUGAUGAUGUCAUCGAUGAUGUCACUCCUGCCCAUAAAGGAGGGCCGGGGUUCGUGGUUAAACAGACGAGCGUGGAGUGUAAAUAUGAUGUCUAUGGUGGGGAGGUUCGUUCAAUGCAACGAAACUUGGAAGAUAAAUUGUGUUUGGGUCAGCAGGAAAACGGGAUGACUAAGCAAAAAAUUGAUGUUAAAACUAUGGAACAAACUUGCGGGGUGACUCAGCACCUUGAAACAGUACGACACAACAGUUCAGCCGGGGGUCACGACCUCGUCAUGGAUGAUUGGUCGGUGAGGUCAAGCUCAGUGUCGGGUGCGUUUGCCGUCGGCGACUCAUCGCUUGAGUUUUACCCCGUUCCUAAUGAUGAGUCAGCGAUAAAAAGUUCCAUCGUAGGUUCCAGUUCGCUGCACAUGGAGGAAAUUGUUUCGCCGACGAGGGAGAGUGCAACCCCUAGUGUUGGGACCCAUACGAGCAGUGGGACCCAUGCCAGCGAAAGCGAACUCCGGCAAACAUUGAUCGUUACAUUGCAAGCAAAGGAUGAAAUUUUGGAGAAAAAUCGGUCGAUGCGAAAAUUGUUGGAGGCGGAAAUGCUUCAAACAUCGAGCUUGAGGAAAGAAAAUGGAAAAUUGUUGGAAGAAGUGGCACGGGGUAAGAUGGCACAGGUGGAAGCAGGGAGGGAGAACGAGGUGUUGCGAUCACAGUUAAAGAAAUAUGUGUCGGCCGUGCAAACUAUGAGUGUGGAAGAUGUAAGCGGAGGUGAGGAGGUUUAUGAACGUAAGUUAGUGGAGAUGGCCGGGAUGCAUGCUGAGUUGGUGGAGUUUAAUGAACAUAUUCAUACAAGGUUGAAGUCAGCGAUCAAUCUACUACGAUACAUGAGGUCAGAAUUGGUGGAUCUACGUGGCCCCAUGCCCACCGACGAUCUGGUGGGGAGGAUCGAGGCUGAUGACAUCAUCGGCAUCCUGGAGUCAUCUUCGUCACCAGCGAGGAUCAGCGUGUGGAUGCCGUCGGUGUUGUUGAAGGGUAGGGGACCCGACGCGAGCCAUUUCUACCAAGUAUUUAUCCGAGCAGGGGACGACGAAUGGAAUGUUUAUCGAAGAUAUUCUGAAUUUCAUGAAUUUCAUCUUCAGAUCGCCAAGAAGUUCCCAGUGGUUGAAACAUUUAACUUCCCGCCCAAGAAACUUGUCGGCAACAAAAGUCGUCAGUUUGUAGAAGAGCGAAGACGUUCGUUGCAAAGUUACAUCCGUUUAAUGAUCAAUAAUAUCAUCAGGAAUCACGAGAAGAUAAUUUCAAACCCGACUAAAACAACUUUGGUAACGUUGCUUCCUUUCUUCAGUGAAACUUUGUCGACUCACGAUGACUCGGGAAAUACGAAAAAAAAGGGAAAAUUAUUCCGUUAAUUAUGAUUGUUGUUUUAUCGGUUGUUUAUGUUCCAAUAAGUGCAAUUAUAAUGUCAUAAUGUUUUACCACAAUCACUUUGAUUGAAUUUAUUUUGAUUUAAAAAAAAAAAGUUGUUUUAAAUUUGUUGCCAUAAACAUAAUAUAUUAUUUGUAGAAA